GAACUCAGAAGUUUAUUCAAGAAUACUUUCUUGAAAAACAUAUUCCACUUCAGAAGUUAUUUUACGCUUUCGAUUAUAAAUUGCCAAGGAGAAUUAACGACCUUCCGGAUAUGCAAUUACUUCCAGUUCUACAUAAAAUUGUUGCAAAAUUCUUACGGCAACGGCAAAAACUGACAAAUAUUAAUACAUUAGAACAAGUUGUCGAAUUAUUACGAGAUUCAAAAAAUAUCAUGGUUUUGACAGGUGCAGGGGUUUCCGUGUCAUGUGGAAUACCAGACUUUCGUUCCGAGAACGGCAUUUAUUCUCGGCUAUCAGAAUUUGAUUUGGAUGACCCACAAGAUAUGUUCGAUAUCAAUUACUUUAGAGAUUGUCCUGAUGUUUUUUAUUCGUUCGCCAAGGAAAUAUAUCCCAGUAAUUUCACACCAUCUCCUUCACACUAUUUCAUUAAAUUAUUGGAAGAAAAAGGAAAACUUUUAAGAAAUUACACCCAAAAUAUUGAUACCCUGGAACAAGCUGCUGGAAUUAAGAACGUUCUACAAUGUCAUGGUUCUUUUGCAACUGCUAGUUGUAUAGUGUGUGAAUAUAAAGUCGAUGGUA